CUUCUGUAGAACCAAUUCGUACUCGUACUUUGGGGGUCGAGAGAGGAGUGUUUCUUACUCAGACAAAGAAUUGCGCUUGAGUGACAAAGAAGGCUGGAGGCUUUUCUCGUUGUACAAGCAUUCAGCAUUCUUCCUCCACAUCUGACGCAAGCGCAUGCCGCGCCAACACCUUGAUCUUCAAACUCGCAAUUGCGCAUAAAUUCAUACCCAACCCAGGACUGCGUUAUGGUGUCUUGUAACACAACACUUGAAGAGCAGACAAUCAUCGAAGACCCUCUGUUCUCAAAGGUCACCUUCCACCAUGUCGGUCUCGUCGUGUCAGCAGUCUUCGCCCUCAUAUCGGUCGUCGUAGCCUUCUUUCUGGUUUACAAACAUGCGACGCAUUAUUCGAAGCCAUGGGAGCAGAAACAUAUAAUUCGCAUCCUCCUCAUGAUUCCCAUCUACUCGACGGUAUCCUUCCUCUCGUACCUAUACUACAAGCACUCGAUAUACUUCGAGGUCUUGCGCGACUGUUAUGAAGCCUUCGCCAUCGCCUCGUUCUUUACCCUCCUGUGCCAUUACAUUGCACCAAAUCUACACGAGCAAAAAGACUACUUCCGCCAAGUCACGCCCAUCAACUGGUUUUGGAGCGUUUUCGGUCUGCAGAAAUGUACAGGUGGAAGAGACAAGGGAAUACUUCGCAUUCCGAGAAGUGGCUUGACUUGGUUCAAUGUCGUUUGGUUCUCCGUUUUCCAAUAUGCUCUGGUCCGCGUGCUCUUUACUAUCGUCAGCGUGGUCACCGAGGCUAUGGAUCGCUAUUGUGAAAACUCGCUCAAUCCACAAUUCGCACAUAUUUGGGUAAUGGUGUUUGAGUCUGCCUCGGUCACUGUCGCCAUGUUCAUGCUUGUUCAAUUCUACCUACAACUGAAGGACGAUCUUGCUGAACAUAGGCCUUUCCUGAAGGUCUUGUGCAUCAAAUUGGUCAUCUUCUUCAGUUUCUGGCAAUCGCUUGUUAUUUCAUUCCUCUCGUCUUCUAGUGGACCUUUGCAACCGACAAAGAAGAUUUCUUAUCCGGAUAUUCAAGUCGGUAUCCCUUCGAUGCUUUUGUGUGUCGAGAUGGCUAUUUUCGCUGUGAUGCAUCUCUUUGCUUUCCCAUGGCGCGAGUAUGAUCUUUCGAAGAUGCCCUACACAGAUCCCGUUACAGCCCCUGGUUCAGGAUUCUCAGGCACCGCACCAAAAUAUCAUGGUGGAUGGAUGGGCAUCAAGGCCUAUGGAGACACAUUCAACCCUUGGGAUCUCAUCAAGGCGACUGCACGAGGCUUCAGAUGGCUGUUCGUACGUCGCAAGCACAGACACCAUGACAUCUCAUACACUACACCCAAGAUUGGUGUCACGGUCGACGAGCCGGCAACCUCGAUCCCGGGGCCAAAUGUCACGACCCACACUCUGCCUUCAGCUACAGAGCUAGAACACCAAAGACGUGCCAGAGCGGAUACAGUCGACGACGCCGAUACGGCGGGUCUGUUGUCUAAUGCGCAGCACAGCGGACUAUCAGCCCGCCCUUACCCAUACUCUCCCUCGCAUUCACCGAUAAGAAAUGGCUCGUUUGACGAUCGAUCGGAUCAUGGAGAGGCCGAAGGACCCGGUGCUGAUAUGUCUCUGAUGGGAGGUGCGAGGACACAUGUGCCUCAACCGAGUGCGUUCGGAGGCAGUGAUGCUCCGAGACUAGGCCUGAACCAAUGGGAUAACGAUACCGAAUAUCAUAGUACGACAGGCCCUGCACACAUGGGUCCAUAUGCUGGAGUUGAUGGUCAUGCCGAGUCAUCCGCGAAUCAAUGGGAUCAUUGGGCCGGCGCGAGUAGACCUCAUUAACGGAGUCACGAGAUGCUAGUGCUGUGUGUUUCUCAGUUCACGACUAGACGGCAGUAAUGAUCCAUUGGCUUGGAUUGUACUUUUGGACAGGGACUUUUUCUUGCGGUUUUUGUUUAAAAUGAUACCACAUGCGACACGGCGUUCUUGGGAAAAUGGAUACUUCGAGUUCGUAGUAUAGUUUUGAGAUUCUAUCAGCAUUUAACACCGUUC